CUUAGUCGGUGCGACUCGUGAUGGAGCUCUACCCCGCAGCAGGUCUGCACACAACCGAGCAGACCCCGCUUCAUCUUCCCUAAAAGCGGCCCCUCCACCACAAGGACUUCUUUCAUUUAUCUUUGAGCUCCUUUUAUUUUUCUGUUUUAAUGUUUAUGCGAGGGGGCACUACUUUACAACAUAACGGUUAUUGUCUCCCCCCCCAUGUUUUGCUAGGUUUUGUUUACCUGUAGCAAGGAUAAAAGGAGCUUUUUGGAGUGUAAUAGUCUUUUUUUGAGGGAGUAAUACGAGCUUUUUUAAGGGCUACGAAGAGCUUCUUGGAGGGUAAAAGGAGCUUUUAGGGUCGUUCACCAAGCUUGUGGUAAAUUCAUUCGGAGUCGGCUAUGUGUCCCCUUUGGCCCCGCCGAUGUGCUUGUCGGCGGUGAGGAGACGUGAGCAGCCAAGUGAGGUGAAGCUUAUCAUGGGCUGAGUUUUUUUGUUUUUGUUUUUUUUGUUAUCCGCAGGACGGGCACUGGAGAAGUAUACGCAUUUUCGGACUAAUUACGUUUAAUUAUUUUUUAAGUGUGGCACUAGUUAUUUCGGAGGCGCUCACGCAGGUCCUGGGUAGUCUAGAUUAGCUCGCUCGAGGCAAGUUUCUAAUUUUGUCUUUUUAAAGAAAAAAAAACCCCACUGGAGUUUAGUUAUGUCGUCCACCAUUUAUACAGUUACUUUUAAAAUGAUAUUUUAACUUCUUAAAAGUUUCGUUAUGAAGUGAAGUUGAGGAGCAGUCGGUGGUUUACAGUUGAGUCUAGCCUGAUAUCAGCCUCCUUUUUUCUUUUUUUUUUUAAAUGUGCUUUUUGGGAGUAGUAGUUGUUUAUCGUGGUGACUUUAACUCUCUGACGCACGCGUUCACGCUCGGUGUUUAAGUGUUGGCUUUUAGUUGCAGUCUCCCUUCCCUUAAGGAGUCCCCCCCCCCCAUCCCCAAAACAAAAAGUCUGACUGCCCCCGCGGCCGUUCCGCGACUCUCUGUCCCAUCCUCUGCUCGGACAAUGUGGCUGUCUCGCCUGGCUCUGCUGCUCCUUCUCCGGCUGUCCGUCGCGCUGGUCAAGGGUAUCAACACUUGCGCCUUCAUCAACCUGGACGAACAGAAGUCGCGGCGCAUCGAGGCGGUGCGCGGCCAGAUCCUCAGCAAGCUGCGCAUCCAGAGCCCGCCGGACGACGACGACGAGGCGGCGGUUGCGGCGGCCGGAGGUGCGGUGCCCGCGGAGGUCAUUUUGCUGUACAACAGCACUCGGGAGCUGCUGAAAGAGAGAGCGCGACUGACGGAUUCGACGUGCGAGCGAGAGAGCAGCGAGGAGGACUACUACGCUAAAGAAGUGCAGAGGAUUGACAUGCUGCCCUCGCGCACGCAAACCAACGCGGUGCAGCCACUGCCGCUGGACCCACAUUACAGAAGUGUCCAGUUUGACGUGAGCAGUGUGGACCUGACCAACAGCACGCUGGUCAAGGCUGAGUUCAGGAUCUUCCGAGCCCCCAACCCGCAGGCCCGGGCCUCCGAGCAGAGAGUGGAGAUCUAUCAGCUGCUGAAACCAGAUGAGGAGAGCACAUCCACACAGCGCUACGUCGACUCUCGCACCGUGCAGCCGCGGGCAAAGGGAGCCUGGCUCUCCGUGGACGUCACCGAAACCGUCAAGGACUGGGUGUCGGAGCCAGAGAAGAAUCUGGGCUUGAAGCUGGGGGUCCACUGUCCCUGCUGCACCUUUGUGCCCUCCACCAACAACAUUGUUCCCAACAAGAGUGAAGAACUGGAGGCUCUUUUUGCAGGCGUGGACGACGAACAGCUGCGACAGCUAAAGAAGCAGAGCCAGGUUAAAGGUCAGGCUGAUUUCAGCAGCAAGACGCCUCACCUCAUCCUCACCCUGCUGCCCAGUGACCGGGUGGACAACCCGGCCAAGAGGAACCGCAAGAAGAGGGCGGCGGCCACCGACGCGGCCACCUGCUCGCGUGGUUCCGAGUCGGGCUGCUGCCUGCGCUCGCUCUACAUCGACUUCCGGCGCGACCUCAACUGGAAGUGGAUCCACGAGCCCAAAGGUUACAAGGCCAACUUCUGUGCCGGCAACUGUCCUUACCUCUGGAGCGCCAACAACCACUACAACAUGAUCCUGCCCCUGUACAACAAGCUGAACCCCGAAGCAUCGGCGUCGCCCUGCUGCGUCCCCCAGGACCUGGAGCCGCUCACCAUCAUGUACUUCAUCGGGCGCAGCCCCCGUGUCGAGCAGCUCUCUAACAUGGUGGUCAAGUCCUGCAAGUGUCGCUAGAGACCCCCCGACCUCCCGAACUCUCUAUUUGAGACUGUAAAUAAGUCCACAUGCAUACAGUGAUUCCGGAAAGUAUUCACUGCACUUCACUUUUUCCACAUUUUAUGUUUGUUUUUUUCCCCUCAUAAUUCAAAAAGUGAAGCCCUGUGAAUAAUUUACGGUUGCACUUUAUAUACAGUAAACAUGCUGUGUAUUAAACAGUACAAUACAGUA